AUGUAUACGCAAAGCGAGACCGUCCAGAAGCGACAGCUGCAUUACGUUGGGCAAGGGAAUGAAGGCUGUGCAUCUUUACUGUCAAACGGGCGGGCUCUCCCAACGCGCCCGGAAAACUCCCUCGGCACAACACCACCGAGAACGUUGCUUUUACCGGAAUGGAUACUGAUCUUGCUCACAGUCUACGAUGUUCUGGCAUCACUGGGCCUGCUUAACAAGCACGCCAAGCUGCUCUUUCUCGGACUAGACAACGCCGGAAAAACCACGCUUCUUCACAUGCUCAAAAAUGACAGGGUGGCAGUUCUUCAACCGACCCUCCACCCCACUUCUGAAGAGCUCUCGAUCGGCAACGUGAAGUUCACGACUUUUGACCUUGGAGGUCACGCGCAAGCUCGCCGCCUCUGGCGUGACUACUUUCCCGAAGUCAGCGGCAUAGUUUUUCUUGUCGAUGCGAAGGACCACGAGCGUCUCACCGAAUCAAAAGCCGAGCUCGACGCUCUCUUGGCCAUGGAAGAGCUCGCCAACACCCCCUUCGUCAUUCUCGGAAACAAGAUCGAUCACCCGGACGCAAUCUCCGAGGACCAGCUGAGGGCAGCCCUUGGUUUGUACCAAACCACUGGCAAGGGCAAGGUGCCGCUUGAGGGCAUUCGGCCGCUCGAGGUCUUCAUGUGCAGUGUCGUCAUGCGACAAGGUUACGGCGAGGGAAUCCGCUGGCUUAGCCAGUACGUCUAG